AUUUUUUAAUUUUUUAUUCAUGUUGACCAACAAUAGCAUUGCGAUAAGACGGCCUCCACAUCUUGGCUCUGGAUCCUUAGAUCCUCAGAAAUCAUUGCGGACAAGCCCUGGCCACGCAUCACCCUCACCAUGGCAACCACAGUCCUCAUCCUGAUCAUGGCCAUCUUCAAUAUGUUCUUUGUAGAGGACAACCUAACAUCCACAGAUGCUGUUUAUAAUGCAUCAAAUGAGACACUUCUUCAGCCUGAUGGACAUCCCAUAUCUUACCUGGACAAUAACACAUUCUACCUUCCUUAUUUUAUCUAUAGUUGCAUUCUGGGACUGAUUUCCUGCUCAGUGUUUCUGAGGAUCAACUAUGAGCUAAAGAUGCUCAUCAUGCUAACAGCCGUGGUGCUCUACAGCGUCAUCAUACUUCAAACACACGCAUUUCUGCUGGAUGAGUACAAUAAAUUCCUCUACAAAACAGAGAUCCUGGAUAGGCCAGGAGUUCUAAAAGACUUGAAAACUAUGGGCUCUGUGUCUCUCUUUAUAUUCUUCAUCACCCUGCUUGUUCUAGCUAGACAG